CGGACGUCCUUUCCGAGCGUACGUCACGUGGCCGACGUAGUGAACGAGCGUCUCCUUGGUUACGCACGUCGGUUUGAAUUUUUAAAGAGACGUAGGAUGGAAGGGAGCCAGGUGUGAUUUGGGGGUUUUGGAAAACGGACUUCAAAGUUGCAUCCUGGGGCCAACACUUGCCGACUUGUCAUUCAAGAAGCGGAGCACGAAGAACUUGAGGGGCCCAAAACGGCCCGUCAACAUCUCAAAUUCGACGGAGGCCCCCUUCGGCUACGCAGUCAGCGGCUAUGUGCACGCCGGUAUACCGAUCAUAGUGGGAUCGGGACCACGGUGGCUCCCACGACAUGGAGGUGGAGGUACGCGAAGAGGCAUCCUCAGAUCGGGCCUCUUCGAGGUACCCCACCACGCUACUGGGCAACAAUACACCACAGUAUCCUGUGGCAGAUGCUCCAGUAGUGAUAGUCCGUGUCGAAGAGGUGCUACUCGUGGUCCUCGUCCUGAUCAUCUGGGUGGCAGCAAUCGCCUUGUUCAUCAACCGCUGGGGCAAGAUUCGGAUGUUGGAACCAUACCAACCGAAGUUCCACCAGCAGCCGCACCGACCGUCCUGCCCGCUCGCCCCCCUUAGCCCCCCUGGGGUGACGAACCAAGUGAGCAUCAGCAACAGUAUUACUCUACCCGCCGUCAGGAAUCAGAAGUCGAUCGCAAGAAUGUCGUUCUCAAAGUACAACGUGAACGCCUUGACGGAUCCUCUUUCAGCCCUUCCAUCGCCGAUUAUCCGAAGACCUCGACAGAAUUCGGUGUUCGUCGGUAGCUCUACGAUAGCUACGAUGAAUCCACCUCCACGUCGUUCGAAAUCUGCCAUUGACAUUCACCAUCUUGUUGUCAAUGAACACAGUCCGACUGCUUCGCUCACAGGUAAUAGAAAAGGUUCCAUCAUCCCGAUUUUAAACAAAGAACGCAGGCCAUCUCUCAUAACUAUCGAAAGACCCUACUACUCUCGCCACCGACCGUCGAUAACUAUCGACAGACCAUACAUCCACCACCAGUACCGCAAAAGAAGAUCCUCGUGUUGCGCCGAACGUAACCCCUACCGCCACAGGAACUUCAUCAGCUUCGAGCACAGCAUCGAUAGGAAAACUCUGCCGAUUCAGGACCGGGCGUCUUGCAGCCAUCAUCCCACCAUCAGCUUCGAAACUCCUCUGGAGUCCAUGGAGUUGCCUGUAGCACCAGCAGAAAUGGAACUGUCUGUAGAAGCUGGAGCGAAGCCGAAGGUCUCUCGCAGCUUCGAACAGCCUGUUAUGAAGAAACUGAAGCCCGAGCGGUUGGCGGCUAGCUUGGACGUCACAUUUGAUUUCCAUAGGAGGUCCUCUAUACCAGAGGAAGACAGAGCAUCGCCUGUGUCCAUCCAAAUGGACGAAAGCAAAAUCACCGCGCCGCUUUUGGAGGGGCUUAAGAGUUCAGAUGUGUGAUAGUGUACGUGUGUUCAAUUUGGGUUUCUAGUUGGUGCUUCAGAGUUUUUAUCUUCCCACAAGUUUCUUGAUGAUGGGUUCACUCUCUAUCUGCAGAGCCAUGAAGAAACUUAAGCCGAUGGAAAUAUUUUUUAUUUUGUUUAAGAUAUAGAAGAAUGAGUAUCGUAAGAUUUACGAGUGAGGCACGGUAGCCAGUUGGUUAAUAUGAGUUGUUCGUUCUUUCCAUCCAAUCAACCGCUUCGUGAACUUUGGUUGAAGGUAAGACCUCGUUAAAGCUAGGCGCGAAUUCGGCGCAUGUGAGCUGACCUGCACGUGCCGCACGAGACGUUCGUGUUAAGAUUGUUGCCUACUUGUCCGGCAAAGCACUGCACGGCGCUGUCCGUCGCCUAAUGACGACAGGUAGUAGCAUCGCCCACUUGUCCAGCUACAACCAGCUUA